AUGAGCACACACACUCCCAUCUAUUUAACUGGCGACAAGGCUGGUCUCCAGGAAUUUCUGGCCAAGUUCGAUGUCUUUCUUUUCGACUGCGAUGGCGUCCUAUGGUCCGGCGACCACACCUUCCCCGGAACUGUCGAAACCUUAGAACUACUACGAAAUAAUGGCAAACAAGUCGUUUUCGUGACAAACAACAGCACCAAGUCCCGCGCAGACUACCGCAAGAAACUAGAGGGCCUCGGCAUUCCAAGCACAGUGGAAGAGAUCUUCUCGUCUUCGUACAGCGCCUCGAUAUACAUCUCGCGCAUUCUCCAGCUCCCAGAAAACAAGCGUAAAGUAUUCGUAGUCGGCGAGACCGGCAUUGAGCAGGAACUGCGCUCUGAGAACGUACCUUUCAUUGGCGGCACAGACCCAGCCUACCGUCGCGACAUCACACCAGAAGACUACAAGCUGCUAGCAACGGGCGAUGAAUCAGCCCUUGACCCCGAAGUUGGCGUCGUGCUUGUCGGCCUGGACUUCCACUUUAACUACUUGAAGAUGGCAACCGCGUUCCAAUACAUCCGUCGCGGCGCGAUCUUCCUCGCGACUAAUAUUGAUUCGACGCUCCCGAGCGCUGGUGAUUUCUUCCCCGGUGCUGGGUCCAUUAGUGCGCCUUUGAUUAUGAUGCUUGGUAAGGAUCCUGUUGCGCUGGGAAAACCUAGCCAGGCUAUGAUGGAUGCUAUUGAGGGCAAGUUUCAUUUCGAUCGGAGUCGUGCUUGCAUGGUUGGUGAUCGUGCUAACACCGAUAUUCGUUUCGGGCUUGAGGGUAAGCUUGGUGGUACCCUUGGUGUUCUUUCCGGUAUUAGUUCCAAGGAGGACUUUGUUUCUGGUGAGGUUCGUCCGCAUGCGUACUUGGAUACGCUUGCAGAUCUGUUGGAAUCGGGCCUGUAG